AAAACAGAUAGCACGCGCUACCGGCUGACAGCGACGACGAUUCACUCCCUCGUCUCUCCGUUCUCUCAUCCUCCUUUCUUCCGCAUCCUGUACGCCGAAGUUAUUGUCCAUGCGGUCCCGGUAUAAUCGUACGGUCACGUGACGUUCCCGCGGAUCUUUACGCGGCACGUGCGGCCAAGUUCACAUGGAGCGUCGUCGUGGAACAACAUCGACGUUCGCGUUUCGAAGUCGUCGGCGUUGCCUCGAGAUCUAUCCGUUCGGGAUUAACGAAUUCUUCGGAUAAAAGGACACGCGCGCGGCGCAGUGAAUCUCUCGCGUGUCGGAUUCGCGAUUCGAAGUUGAAGAAGAUAUGACCGCGACACGGCGCGCGGUGACCGCGGCGCGACCGGGCUCGUGAGUGCGGAAGAGUGUUCGAACGAGUGUCCGCCGAAAAAUGACGCUCAUCGGCCGGACAUCGGUGAGGACAGUGCUGCUGACGUCGCUGUUGCCGAUUUCCGUGUUGGUGGUGCUGGCGCGCGCCGGGGACGUCGCGACCUUGGAAUACGGCGUGGUACCCCUUCCGGCAUCCAGAGAAGAGCGACCGGAUACAGAUGCAUCGGUCACAGAUCGUCAUGGGCGCAUAUCUCUACACGCGGAAUUGCUAUCAUCAAAGGCUAAACGCGAACAGGCAUUACGUAACAUUCUCGCUGCGAGAAGGCGACAGAUUCUGAAUCAACGUCCACAUGAGCCUCAUCGAACUCUUUCGAGUCGUAGGUCACGACUCAAUAAUACCAUCUCAAAGGAUCUUCCGGACAUUCUCGAAACCCAAGAGACCAGACACGAUAUUUAUGUUACAAAUGCGCGAACAGAAGAAGAAACUUCACAGUUAUCAAAAAAAUCAGUCGAAAAAGUCACUUCUAUCAUUAAUCUCAACGCGACAGAAAAAGUUGCGAUCGAAUCGCAAAGUACGAAGACACCUAAAGAUGAAAUUCUGUUGACGCCGACGACCGAAAAAUACGAGAACAUCUCCUCAACUUCUCCUCCCGUUGUUUCAUCGCCAACUAAUCAAAAAUUGGCAGACGCGGAUUCGCGUAAGAAGAAUAUCGUAUCGAUGCCAGAAUCAUUGUACAAACAUUUCCGGCCAGUGGAGAGCAAUAUUCCGGUGGAAGAUAUGUCGCAGUUUUUGUAUUUCGGUCAGAAGCUCCAGCCGGACGCGCAGAACAUCACCAGUAACAACAAUUCCGUGGAGGCGACAUCGACGAUACCGACUUCUUCGCGCAGAAAAUAUUCCACGAAGCGAUUCAGCGCGACGAUAGCCGCACCGGUCGAGGAGAUCCUGAAUGAAGAGAUGAAUAUUGCGCUAGAACGUCGGACGGUAGAGAAGAAUCAAGUAUCGAGGAUUAAAAACACGUUCAGGAGCUCGAAUAACGGACUAUACUAUCGAAAACCGAGACCUACGACGGACGUCGUAUCCAACGUUAUUCCGGGGAACGAGUCGAGUUCCGGAAUCAUUGGGUCGGAAACGAGGAGCGAGAUGAACGCGAUGGACGACAAAUUCCGCCGCGACGGCGACUUGUUCGCUCACGCGGACGGAACGCGCGAUCGGCUCCCGCAAGAGAGAGGAAACGCGGCCCACGUGAUCGAGGCGAGCACGACGACCCAGAUACCGCAACAACGCCAGCCCGAUGACGAUAUCGAAGCGGGGGUCAUCGCAAAGAGUGAAAUCGACGUGAGACUUUCGAACGGAACGAUCGCAGCUUCGAGCGGAGUCACCGAGGAUCCCCAGGAGACGAUGAAUUUCGAGAGGGACGACGAGAAGAGGAAGAUCGACGAUACGAAGAUGGAAGCGGGAAACAUGGAGAAAUUGAAGCACAAGUUAACGAGUGUCGAGAAGACAAUGCCAACGUCGAAAGCGAACACGAGAUCUCGCGAGAGUGACGACAUCGAAACGAUGUCAUUGCUACCACCGCGGACGGAAUCGUCAACGUUGCGGAUCGUAGUGCCAGAUGAGAGCUUCGGGCUCUCGGAUUUCGCGAUCGAGAACGAGCGGACCCAUCGGAAUACCGUUAAACCGGUCGCGGAUCCCGUCGCGGAUCGACCGGUUCGCGUGUCGGCCAGCGGCGAUAUCGGUCCGAAAUCAUCACCGUCGUCAUCGACGUCGCCCUUGAUGACGGAGCUAUCCGCACCUGUCGCCGCCGCCGUCGUCGGCUCGAAUGAGCAGCCCCAACAGCAGCAGCAACAUCCGCAGCAACACGUGUACGCUUAUACGAUAACAAAUGUGACGCGAUUGUUGCGCAACUACACCGGACCCGGAUUAAGCGGCGAGGAAAGACGAAGUGGAGGUGGUGCUGGUGGUCGUCGUGCUGGUAGCGGUGCGGAGAUAACGAGCGAUGGACCGUCGCAGCAGCGGCCUCAGCAGGAGCAGCAGCAACCACCGCCGCCGCCGCCGCCGCCGCUGCCGCAGUCUCUUGUGCUUCCUCGUGCCGGCGAUGGUAGUAUAGAACCGGCGCGAACGCCGGCGGGACUCAGUAUCGGCGCGACCGUCGAGCCAGCCACAGCUGCUGGAACGUUGGCUAGUGUUGACGGUCUGGUGGGGGAACGGCCGAGGAAAAUUGUUCCGCAGCAGCAACGAGUGGCGGCCAGCCAACGAGCAGCGACGACCUGGUCCUCGUCGCUGCAUUCAGCUGCGAACGAUAGCGUUAUCUCGCCAACGAGAUCCGCCAAGUCGCCGGAUACCGGAAACAGGGGGUCGGUCAGGUGGAGUCACGCCAAGUCGCGGACCAGCGAGCAGGAGGGUGCUAAUGACCGGAGAUUCUUGAGAAAGAGUGCCAGCGCGGUGCUGAAUCAAAGAUCGACCGUCAACGAAGAAUCUUCAUCUUUGGUAGCGAAUAAACGUCGUAGAGUGUUGAUUUCUUCGAGUGGCGUGUCUCCCUCGAGCGGUCCCAAUAGAAGGGUGAAAUCUGGUGAAGAGAAGAGCGAGGAUGCUAAAGAUAAAUUAGAGGGCGAUAAUUCGUCGAACGAAACGCGGGUUGCGGAUCGCGGGAAAGUUUCGGACGAUGAAGUACCGGGUGUCGAUUCUGUUCGGGAAAUUGCGCGUGCCAGCGGGGUGAACGAAGGGGUGCCAGGUGACAGUAGUCCGCAAGAAAUCACCGUCAUGGGGAACGUGAGUCGAAAUUCGAGUGCGACUGACGAGACGAUGGACGCGACCGAUCCGUCUGUCCUCAUUGACGCGAUCACAACAACGGAGCUGGAAAAGUCUCACGUUUCUGAAGAAGAUAUUGUGACUACGUUAAGUUUAAACGAUGAAGGCGACGUCGAAAUUAAUACUGAAGCUCAAGACAUUACGAUGUUAAACAAGAGCGAAAGUGACAUAAAUGCAACGACGGAUAGUAUCGUGGAAACAACCGUGAUAGAAACUGAGCAGAUGGAUGAAAUGAUUGCGAUGACGACCACGACAACAACAACGACGACAUCGACAACGACGACGUCGACGACGACGAUGCGAGCGGCACCAGUUUUUCCGGUCACGCCUAGAAUAUUGACGGAAGUGGAAAGAAUUAUCGAUCCAGAGAAUUAUACCUUGAGGCCGACGGAUGUUGCAAAAGAAACGAGCAAUUUAGAUCCUUCAGAGAUCCAGAAGAGAUAUCGGGCUAAGGACGCGACGUCAACGACGACGACGACGACAACGGUUUCGCCGACUCAGAACGACGCGCAUGUGAACGAAACUUUGAACAGAAAAUCGAAAGUCCUACCCACCUCGUCGACGGUAACGGAAAGUGAAAAACGCGUAUCUGGCGAGAGAUCACCGGAAGUUAGAGCGCGUAAUUUAUCUGACAAAUCGAAAGACAAGGACGACGUGCUGCCGAUCAUGCAUCUGUACAACACGUCGGAUAUCUUUAAUGGCAGCGGGUCGAUGGACGGGUUCGCUCGCGGCGCGGAACAGGUAGUGCUUCCGAUAGACUCGCAGGAUGAGGACAGUUCUGCGGUGACAAUGACGACGACAACGACAACAACGACGACGACAACGACAACAACGACGACGACGACGACGACAGAGAAAACUCCCGAGCCGAUGAUAACUGAGAGCAGCACGGAAAUCAGCGGAAGUACCUCAACCACCGUUCCCGUUCCCAGGCCUAAAGAACCCAUCGUAGUCCUAACGAGCUCUCGAAAGGACAAACAUGAGGAGACUCGCGUAUCUCAGGAUGCUGCUGUCCCUCCGGUGUCCAAAGGCUCCUCUGUCGCGCCCACGGCGAAUAGGACGAGGUACAGACCCGCCUAUCAUCACUCGAUUCUGCCGGAGUACAAUGGCACGAUGUAUUAUCCCGGCGGGCUCAAUAGGACGUUCCUCGAGACCGGCGAGCCGAUCUCGGUGAGCCCGCGGGAGUCGAUGAACGUCAGUGAGGUGAUAUUGAAGCGGCACGACGGCGACGCGAUUGCCACUCAGGAGACGGUCGCCGUGGUCGGCUACAUCCUGGCCACUCUCGUCGUCUUUCCCAUCGCCGUCGGCGUCGGGCUCAUUCUCAGAAGACUGAUACUUAGGAAUCGUAAGGUGCUCGAGGAGUCGGACACGUCAUCGGAGAUAAGCUGUAGGAAGGACGCUCUUAAUCUUGAAAACGGCGACUUCAAGACGUCCAUCGAGAAGGCGAUCACGAAACUACCGAGGAUACAGCACUUGUGUCACGAAGCUGAGAAACCACCGCCUCCGCCGUCCCAGGAAUCCAGAUGGGAGUUUCCUAGAGAUAAGCUUAGAUUACAGACAGUCCUCGGGCAAGGAAACUUCGGCCAGGUGUGGAAAGCCGAAGCCGACGAUUUGACAGGUCAUCAAGGUACGACUCGAUUAGUGGCGGUGAAAACUGUUAAAGAAGGCGCCUCUGAUCGUGAAAAGGAAGACUUGGAUCGAGAACUUGAAAUCAUGAAACAAUUAGGCAGUCAUCCGAACGUCGUAACACUUCUGGGUUGCUGCACGGAAGAAGAGCCUCAUUAUCUCAUACUGGAGUACGUCAUGUAUGGCAAGCUACUCGCGUAUCUGCGUGAUCACCGUACCAGGCAGUACUUUUACAACUUCAGCGAGGAUUCAGCAGCCUUGACAUCUAGGGAUCUCACGGUUUUCGGAUAUUGCGUGGCCAGAGGCAUGGAGUAUCUUGCAUCGAAAAAGAUCAUCCACCGCGACCUCGCCGCCAGAAACGUCCUCGUGGAUCACAACAAGCUGUGCAAGAUCGCCGAUUUCGGUAUGUCGAGGUUCGCCAACGAGGACGGCGAGGUGAUCGAGACCAGACACGGCAGAAAUGCCUUACCCAUCCGAUGGAUGGCCCCUGAAUCAUUGAUUUACUCCCUGUUCACGACAAAGACCGACGUCUGGAGCUUUGGAAUUCUAAUGUGGGAGAUCGUCACUUUAGGUUCAACACCGUACCCGGAUAUGACGGCACGGGAAGUCAUGCGGAACGUGCACAACGGUUAUCGGCUGGAGAGGCCUUCGCACUGUCGAAGCGAGCUCUUCAGGGUGAUAUCCCGAUGCUGGCACGCCGAUCCCGACCGCAGGCCGGAAUUCCAAAUCCUACGGAGAGAUCUCGCUCAACUGCUGGAGGACAACAUGAACGGUCACUACGUGGAUCUUGAAAGCUUCGCUUCGGAGUGCACCGACUGAAACUCCAACGGAAGAAUCUUUAGAUUCAUCCUCGACUGCAUCGGGCAAUCAAUUCCGUGGAAAGACUCGUGUUCGGCUCGCGAUGGAGCUACCCGAGCAGGGAGAUUUUUUUGGAUAUGAAAGCGAUAUGAUCAUCGAAAGCGACUUUUCCCAUCGAUCCCGAAAACGAAAGCAAAAGUAGAAGACAUUAAUUACAAUUAUUCCAAAAGAAUCAAAUUCUGUAAAUUCUAGGCUUACCUUACAACCUUAUUGAUUUUGACCUCCAAAUUCGUUGGAAUUUUGUAUGAGGUGUAUGGUUAAAGCACAAAAUACGUCAAUUUAUGGGACAAUGGAAAAAUGUUAAAUUGAAAUGAAAUUUGCCAACGUAAAAAUCACAAUCCGUCCAUUCAAAUUCGUCCAGUAAAUUUGCGUGAAUCUUGAUAUUGCUGUGCAAUAACAAAGUAUAAUGAUGAAACGAAAGAUAUUGGGAUAUUAAUUACGCAAAUACAUAUAUUCUCGGCAACAUCGCAGUACUUAAUGAAUUGAUUUUUAUUAUUGCGAUUUUCAUCUUUCUUUGCGCAGGAAAUACGCAGGACGCAGAACACAGGAACGCUGUAACGCGCGCGAUGCUAUGAUAAAUAAUAAAAAAAAUUAAAAAAAUUAUAUAAGCACGAUAUUAAAGCGCAAUAAGAAUUUAUAAAGUCCGCAAAAUAUAAGUAUUUCUUCUAGAAUAGAAUUAUUUGGUAAGUAGCAUUUUUAUAAUUUAGCUCUACAUGAUGUAACAUUCGUUGAACCUUCGAUAUUUUGUUUUAUUAAUGUUUUAUUAUUUAUAAACUGAGAUUGUAUGCAUUUGGUAAUGACUGUGCACAUUGACGAUUCACGCAUUUUGAAAGCCUGUUGCGUAAUAUAUUCUACGUAAAUUAUUCUGUUUAUUUUAGUUUUAUUAGAAAGUCAUUCGGAUAUUAAUCCGUCGAAAAAAA